AAAAAGAUAAGUAUAAAAUAGCAGAAAUAGAAGAUUCUAUGUAUAAUACUAUUAGAUAUUUCAGAAAAGAAUCAGCUAAAAAAUCAGAAAAACUUCAAAAAUUAAAACAACAAUUAAAACAAUGUGAAGAAGAUCAAGAAAUCAAAGAAGCAGGAGAAAAAUUUUGA